UGGAAUCUAGUGCUGAUAUGUGGUGGAACGGACUGGCCCAAACUCGGCCGCAAAGAUCGCAACCCCGCCAAAGCUACUCCUUCCGAGGUUCAGAACCCCGACCUUCUCGAACCUAACCUCCUCCGUUCUCUUCUCAACGUCAAAGUCACUUCAAUCCACGGCUCAUGCAGCGGAUGUCAUUUCGUGGUACUCGAUAUUUCCGGCUCAGCAUGGCUUUUUGGGCGGAACGGCUCUUCCGCGCUCGGGCUGCCUGCGUCUACCACGGAAUACGUGUCGGAGAACGCGCCUAAGGAGGUGAAACCUCAAGAUCUUGGUGCAGCGCCAGGCGUACGCUUCGUUCAUGCAGCGUGUGGGAGGAACCAUACGUUGCUCGUUGGGAGCUGUGGGACUGUGUGGGCGGCUGGGGCGAACACUCUCGGACAGGUACGCGUUAAUGUGUGUCCGGAAGUGCCGUCGUUCAAGAGCGUUCCAGUGACCCAUGGGGGGAACGUGGAACACGUCGUACAGGCUGCAGCUGGAAUAACAUUCUCCAUAGUCCUCACCGAAUCCGGAAAAGUGUUUUCGUUUGGUAGCGCUGAGAAAGGCCAGCUGGGAAAUGGAACGACGGGCGAGAGGAUCAUUACCGGCAACAAGACCGGGUACGAUAUUGAGGUCCAGCCUGUCUACCUGAAAGAGUUGGACGGGAAGAAGAUUGUCCAGAUCGCUUCUGGGCAGCAACAUACUUUGGCCCUCGACUCGACCGGACUCGUCUACGUUUGGGGGUAUAAUGGCUACUGCCGUCUCGGUCUGGGGAACCAAGUAGACGCGCUCAAACCGAAGGUUGUGCCUCAGUUUGCAGGUCCCAACGAAGCUACAAUGGCGUCAGCGAUAGCCGCUGGCCCAUCGAACAGCGUCGCCGUUGACAAACAAGGGAUGUAUUGGAUGGCAGGGAAGUGGAAGAACAGCGGUGAGGCAGGUUCAUCAGGGUCACCGUACUCUACUUUCCGAUUCAUGCAGGAUAUCAUGGGAUGCAAGAUCCUCCUUGCGCGUUCUGGGGGCGUGACUCAUUGGCUGCUCACGCCUGACGAUGAUGGGAGUGUUAUGACUGUUUGUUGGGGGCAAAAUGCUGCCAAUGGCGAACUCGGCCUAGGACAAGACGAGCCCAAGAGCGCAACGAAACCGACGAGAAACAUACCGCUUGUUGGUAUCGACGUAUUUGACAUUGCAGCCGGCCAAAAUACAACCCUCCUCCUUGCCAAGCCAAACGAGAAAUUCGACGACCUCCCAAGACAUCCUGAAGACGUCGAUGCACCACUGUUCUGUGUGAAAUGUGGGCAGGAUAAUGGAGAGGAUGACUCCCCCUUGGAAUGCGAUAAGUGCGAUUCCCCUUGGCACCUCUCAUGCCUCACUCCCCCUCUUUCGGCGGUCCCAGAUGGGGAAUGGUUUUGCCCGGACUGUGAAGACGACCCUGGGGCACCUGUGGGAGCUUGGAAACAGGAGAAGCCGGCGAAGGGGAAAUCGGGGAGGAAGCCUGCUGUUGGUGGAGUUGCGAACAAGCGCUCUGCGCCUGCUGUUGAUGAGGGUGAUACGAAAGGUCAGGAGGUUGAUUGCCUUAGUGGAUGA